GAUUGAUUCAUACACUGUUUGCCUUUAGCCAUGUUAUGGUUUUUAUACCAUAAAUCUACGGAGAGGGUAGUAAUGAGUCUAUAAAAUCUAAGAACGCAUCCAUCAUAUCAAUGCCUAACCUGAUCUGUGCUGUCAGGCUGGAGCUGUUCUAGGCAUGAACGACAUGAACCUCAGCCCGGUGGGCAUGGAGCAGCUCAGUGUGCCCCCUGUGAGUGCAAGUCACCUCUGCCUCCCUACAUCCCCAACCCAAAACCCCAUCACCACUCCAGGCAUGCCAGUUGCUAUACCCAGCUUGGGUCCUUCACUUGGGCCGCUUCCCUCUGCCCUGUCCCUAAUGUUGCCCAUGGGUCCUUUAGCAGACAGAGGUGUUAUGUGCGGCCUUCCAGAGAGAAAUUAUACAUUACCACCUCCUCCAUACCCCCACCUGGAGAGUAGUUACUUCAGACAUAUCCUUCCAGGUAUUCUGUCAUAUUUGGCAGAUCGUCCUCCACCCCAGUACAUCCACCCUAGCAGCCUUAACAUGGAUGGAACCCUUUCUGUGUCCAACAACAACCCAUCUGGCUUGGACCCAUACAGUGGCCCAGGUGGCCCUCUAGAACAAGGUCUGGUGUCCUUAGACUCCCGUCAGGUAGGAGGCCAGCCUGAUCUACACCAAGGAGGCUCUCACGAGGUACAGCUGGACACAACCGGACUAACCAUGGAAUCACGUGUGAGCAGUCCCAUGUCUCCUGAUGGAAUGGAAGAGGACUUGGCCACCAUGGAAGGUGUAGUGGUGUCAGAGACUCAGCAGCAGCUUGGCACCAGAUCUCAGCCUCAUGAGGGCUUGGCCAGUGUGGACUCUUCAGGUGGUGUUAUGCCCCUGCAUGGAGCGGGCUUGGAGCUGCCUGUGGUGAUGGAACAGGAGCAUAUGGGUGGUAGAGUAGGAACGAGCACUACAGGGGCGGGUGGUCCAGGGACUCUGGGUGAAGCCUUGCACUCCACUGGAGAACUGAACUCUGGGGUAGUUAGUGUGGUGCUUACUGGGGCCAUGCCCCAACAGGCUCAGUUGCAACCUUCAGGAAUGGGAUUGGAACCUGUCAACGUAUCACCCAUCACUGCAGAGGUUUCUCUGGGACCAGACAACAGUCUGGUGCUGGUAAACUCUACAUUGCAACUAGAAGAUUCAACCUCCAAUAAGGAAAACUUGACCACUGCCUUCAACAUUUGGUGCACUUUAUGUGACCGGUCAUAUCCCUCCGACUGCCCUGAACACGGGCCUGUUACAUUCAUCCCAGACACGCCCAUUCAGAGCAGAGCCCGCCUCUCACUUCCCCGCCCUCUUUGCCUCCGUAUUUCUGUAGCUGAUGAGCCCAUUGGUGUGUUUGCUAGAGAAACCAUACCCUCCAGGACCUGCUUUGGGCCUAUGGUUGGACAGCACUGUAGCAGUGUAGAACUUAUAGACUGGCCUGACAAGGAGACCCCUCAGAUAUGGAAGAUGUUCCACAAUGAUAUCCAAGAGUUCUGCAUCGUGACGACAGAUGAGCAUGAAUGUAACUGGAUGAUGUUUGUGCAGAAAGCAAGCGCUACAGAGGAGCAGAAUCUGGUAGCAUAUAUUGACAAUGGAAAGCUUUAUUUCUGCACAUCCAGAGAGAUUCUACCAGAUCAGGAGCUGUUGUUCUAUUACAGCAGGGAGUACAGCAGACAACUAGGUGUACCCCGUGUGCCAGAGGGCCAGAUGUGUCACUGUGGAAAAGACUGUGCCUCUUUCACAGAGUUUAAAUCUCACCUUACCAGCCACGCCCAGAGGCAUAGCCCCACCCAAGACCACCCUUCUCACUCUGCCCACAGCCAGUCACAGGACAAGAUAAGCAAUGAGCCGUCCCGAUCUGCCUCCUCUCCACAGUGGCAGUGCCACUCAGAUGUGAAUGAACAUUCGAGCAGCAGUGGGCACACUCACGGUCGGGAGAGGAAAUUUAAAUGCAGCAUGUGCACACGGGCAUUCACCACAUCCACUAAGUUAAACGUGCAUUUCAUGGGCCACAUGGGCAUGAGACCACAUAAGUGCAGCUACUGCAGCAAAGCGUUCAGUGAUCCUAGCAAUCUAAGAAAGCACUUGAGAAUUCACACAGGUCAAAAGAACUUCAGGUGUACAGUAUGUGGGAAGUCUUUUACUCAGAAAGCACACGUAGAAUCUCAUAUGGUUAUACACACGGGUGCCAAGAACAUUAAAUGUGACCAUUGUGACAAGAUGUUUGUGCGGAAACAAGACCUCAAACAGCACAUGUAUUCACAUUCAUUAGACCGCCAGAUAACCUGCCCAAAGUGUGACAAACAGUUCUUGAAGACAGACCAUCUAAAAAAACACUUAAACUCUCACAACGGAAAACGGGACUUCAUCUGUGAAAAGUGCAACAAGGCUUUUCUCACUAAAUACCAUCUCACACGCCACCUCAAAAUCUGCAAGGGUCCUAAAACUGGUCGAGGGGCAGCACAGGGGGAUGAAGGGGAAGAUGAAGAAGAUGAGGAGGAAGAGGAUGAAGAAGAAGAGAGGGAGGCUGAAGGACAGAUCAAUCCAGCAUAUUCUUCAGAUAAAACCCUGUGACUUUAUCUUUAAAUGUUAUAGGAUGAAUUCAAGCCUUUGCUUAGCCUAUUUAUUUAUCUCUUUCCCUUUCUUUUUUGUUUUUGUUUCUGUUCUGCCAUCAGCCUUUAAUUCCUUUUGCCAAAAUCAUUGUAUCCAUAUGUCAACUGGCCAACAGAGCACAGAAAUAUAAUUACAUUUGCAAUAAGGAAAAUUAUGCAUUAAAUGUUUAAAGUCAAGUGUUACUG